GAAUUUUAUUUUUUAUAAUGAAACUUUUGUAAUAUAUUCUUACAACAUACUACUUAUAUAAUCAGGGGCCUAUUUUUGUAUUUUGCCCCGGGCCUAUAAAUUGUCAAGACCGGCUCUGUUUUUACCAGAACGGGAACUCCAAGAACCUGCCUGAUUGGCUCGAACAGGAAUUCUGACCAGUAGCAACAUUGUAACUUGCCCCUGGUAACCCGAUUGGAAAAGCCCCAUCCCCGAACAGUCUUUGGGGUAGCCGCCCCCAACAGGGUAAUCGCUUCUGUUCGGGUGAUAACAACAGACGACGAACUGCCGAGGGGGGUGAAUCCCUGGCCACCUAAUUAAUUCUGGCCGGCACCGUCAUGAGUAAACAACCGAUGAAGGCAGAGUGGCCGUCCGGGUAGGAAUUUUCCCAUCAGGCAACCCAGCGCACCAAAAUCACCCAAGAACACCCAGGGGCUCAAAUUUCUACAGACCCCGUUCGGGCAAGUGCUCACAGGACACCCAGAUUUUCUGCCAUCUUAAUUUCGGUAGAGAAUCCCGUUCGAUCUGCCUCCCUAACCGACACUGGUUCGCGAUUUCGAGGGCUCCAGAAGGCAUCAGCUAAAUAAGCUUAACCGCCCAAGAUUCCGCCAUCCGGAAUCUCCCGAACAGCCACGUCGCACAGUAGCCCGAACGCCGUACAUCCUUGGCCGUUGUUCCCUUUCACCGAGGACCCAGUACGUAUCCCGGUAAGGAACGCCCGUUCGCGAAUCUUCCCACAAGUUCGAACAGGGAAUUGCCGAUCGGUCCAUUAUUUGACACCAAUGCUAAUUGCUAAGGCCUCAUGGCUGCAAAAGGGAGAACGUAUAGGCCUAGUUGGUUUUGGACUACUAGAUGGCAUGGGCCGGAUGCAUAUAUGAGCGGUCAAAUUAGAGCCAAUGUGAUGGACCAUGAAGCCAAAAUUAUCCUUGUCAAAAGUUAAUCUUAAUCGGGCCAAUCUAUUGGCCUGACAGCUGAAAUUCAGCCUAUCCAGCUAAGUAUCACAAUUUUCUCACUUGCUAAUAAAUUUCAAAUAGUAUUGUUGGGAAUAGUUGUCAUCACCAUUAUUUAGUUGUCAUCACCAUUAUUUAUCCUGGGUGAAAUAAAUACCGAGUGAGGCUCGGGAGAUAAGUACACCGUCAUUUUUAAAUUAAAUGAUUGGGUUAAUGGGCCGACCGGCCAACCCACGAUCGGCUGUAAUGGAGCGAUCUGAGUGCCUUGAGGGGCAUUACUCCGACGACACAUAUUAAUUGCUAUUAGUUGAAUAACAAUUAUUUACCUAGGAAUUAAAAUUCCCAAGAUGAAUAGUGUCGAACGGAGCUUUAUAAAUAAGAUCACCAACGUUUUAAAUAAAUGUUUGGUUUGAAUGGCCGAUCGGUCCACUCCCGAUCGGCCCAAAUGAUAUUGACUAAAGCGUCUCGCAAGGGCAUGGCCCGAUGACGUAUUUUGAUUUGAAGACCACUCAAGGUCUCGUUCGGCAUUAAAUGCCCGAACGGAAACUAUACCCAGUACGGGGCGAAGUACGUAUUUCGAGAAAUAAAUCUAGGCCGAAGGUUAUUAUUACCGCUUCGGCCAGUAAUCAUGAAUGAAAAAUUAAUAAUAAAAAAGAAAUGUUACACAUGUGUGUGUAUAUACUUGUAUAUGUUGUUCGGUCGUUCGGCCGUAUUACCAUGCUUACUGUGCAGUGAGAUUCUAGAGAUAUUCUCGAACGGGAGGUCAUGAUGCACGUAGAUGUUCAUGACGAUUCGGCAUGAAGCGCGUAGACGUUCAUGCCCGGCAACAAGAAAAGAAUCAUAUUUAUUCAAAGCCGUUCGGGCUACCCAAACAGGGAGAUCAUGACGCACAGAGAUGUUCAUGACGUUCGACGUGACGCGCAGAGACGCUCAUGAUUGGCAACAAAAAAAAGGGAAUAUUUACAUUUAGAGCCGUUCGACCAGCUCGGACGGGGAGAUUGUGAAACGCAGAAAUAUUCGUGAUUCGGACAAAAAAAAAGGACUACAAAUGUAUAGAUGUCACAACACAUGAAGGGAAGUCCUAUGGACUGUACGAUACACGAGCUUUCAGAUUACGCUACCUGACUGGCAAUCCGGCCUCCGCCAUUCGGCACCUAGAGCAACAUUAUGGGCUGAGGGCGCCUGUAAGACCCUCGGAUUUACAGAUCGGCCUCCCAGCGCUGACUUUCCUUUCACCACGACCGAUCUUCCUGGCUCGGCGUGAUGAUCAUUUGGAAGACCGGCUUCAUCUCCGCUCCUCGCGGAUGAGGACCGUUGAUUAUUUGUUUUUGAUCGGCCCCCAGUGCCGGCAUCUUUACAUGGCCACCGACCUUCUGGUACGGUGCCAUUAUCAUAUUUGAAGACCGACCUUGUUCCCGCACUGCGCAGAUAAGGACCGUUGCUUGUUCCUUUCCGAUCAGCCCCCAGUGGUGACCUCAUUACAUGGCCACCGACCCUCUGGUACGGUGCCAUUAUCAUAUUUGAAGACCGGCCUCGUCCCCGCACUGCGCGGAUAAGGACCAUUACUUUAUUUUCAGGUUGGCUUCUCAUUGCCGACAUCAUCAUAUCAUGAUCGGCCUGUCGGCACGACGUGUUUAUCCUCUUUGAAGAGCGGCCUCGUCCCCGCACUGCGGAUGAGGACCGUUGCUUGACUUUCAGCAUGGCUACAUUUUGUGGACCGCUGCCGCAGUUGCUGCCGCUGUCCUUGAGCAGAGGGCACUCGCAAGACCCUUGGAUUUAUUGAUGUUCCUCAUAUCAUGAUCAGCCCCACGGCACGACAUUAUUUGCUUUGGAGGCAUCUUCACAUUCCAUGAAGUCUCACCUCGAUCGAUAGAUACCACUUGUCUCGAUCCAUGGGGAGCCAUCAUCUCAGCACAAAAAAAAACAUGAAUGUGCAGGUUAACCAAGCCCGGAUUCAGCUUGGGAGAUGGUGAAGAUCUUGAGUAGGACAAACUGAGCGGGCAUCCGAAAGCAUAGGGUGACCGAGCGGGGGAUCGGGACUCUGGUCUUAAAAUCUCGCCUUGGCUAUGCAGCUCGCACGAACCACGACGAAGUGAUUCGUUAUGGUGGAACCCGAGCUGUAACCUGGAGGCGAGUCUCCAUUUUGGCAGAGGAUAAGGAGGUGACCCGAAUGGGAGCCUUAUUCUCAAUGGUCCAGAAUGGACAUCUCAACCUCCUAAUAUGGAUGACCCCGGACGGUAGAACCGGACGGCAUGCAUCGGAAUUAUGGGUUUGGAAGAUGGCAGGCAUUACACGAAUUGUGGAAGUGCCUUGCUACAGGGAAAACACAGAUGAUAAGGCCUUUUGGAGCCAUUUAGGCCUACUCGGGCCUGUUUUGGCCCAUUAAGGCCUUUACGGCCCAUUAGCAUCAAAGGGUAUCAUUUCCCUUCUAUAAAUAGGAAGCUUGGCUUCCAGGUUUAGGGAUCCGAUUUUUAGGCUCUCCUCUUCCCCAUUACUUCUUCUUCCUAAUUCUAUGUAGAAUAGCUCAAGCAAGCUUCAUUAAUGGAGGUUUUGAUAUUUGUACUAUGUAAUUGAGUGAUGGGAGGAUAUUAAUGAGAAAAAGCGGGCUUGGACGUUAGCCUAAAAAGUCCUGUGGUUUUCUCCCUUCCCGGGUUUCCACGUAAAAAUAGCUAGUUCAUACACCUUAUAUAUAUAUAUUUUUAUUUACUUUUAUACCGAAUUAAUCGUCCUUAAUAUCCGAAGUUUAUGCUGGGCUUCCGGAUCUACGGGACAAAACCUCAACAGUGGGUAUUCUUGAGUCCGCUAAGGAGUUGUGGGAGAAAUUGGAUAGUCUCUAUACUGAUACCUCUUUGCCCGGGAAGUUGUUUUUACUAGAGAAAUUCUUUAGGUUUAGGCUUGACCUGGCUAAGGAUAUAGAUGAGAACCUGGAUGUGUUUAAUAAACUGAUACAGAAUAUCAAACAGGCAGGUGAUAAACACAUAGAUGAUUAUACUCCCAUAGUGUUACUUAAUGUCAUUCUCGACUCUUAUAAUGAUGUUAAGUCCGCUAUUAAGUAUGGUAGGGAUGAGAUUUCGUUAGACAUUGUUGUGAAUGGGUUAAGGAGUAAGGAAUUAGACCUGAAGCAUGCUAGGGGUAGUGCUAGUCAGUCCAGGGACUCCAGUGAGGCUAUGUUUGUUAGGGGUAGAUCUAAGGGUAGAUCUAAGAACUCUAAGCAAAAUAGUCAAAGUAAGAACCCUAGUCAGCCCGGGAGAAAGAGGAGCAAGUCUAGGAAGAGAGUGUGUUACAAUUGUGGUAACACUGGUCAUUUCAUUAAGGAUUGCCCCCACCCUAAGAAGACCGAGCAUGCUAGUGUAGCUGUUGAUAAAUGUGACCUUGAUGAUAUUUUGAUGGUUUGUGACCAUGUUAACUCUGUGAGAAAUCCCCUGUCUGAGCAUGAAUGGUUGAUUGACUCUGGUUGUACCUAUCACAUGUCCCCCUUUAGAGAUUUGUUUUCUACUUAUGAAUUAUGUGAUAGUGGCUACGUUUCCUUAGCUGAUAAUAAGACAUGCAAUGUGCUUGGUGUUGGUGAUAUAUUGUUAGACCCUAGAUUUUGAUGAACUGUUUUUGAUGAUGCCAAAAGCUUUUGUUAUCCCCCCUCUAUUGUAGCAUUAUUAUAAGAGUCUUUGCUAUCCUCUGUAGUAGCAUCUUGCAGUUGUCUAGUACUAAGAAAAUUAUCUAGAUGUGUUGUGCUCCUUUUUAUAUAGUUAACAAAUAAAUAUGACUGGAAAACCAUAAAAUACAAUAAGGCAAUAUUGUAUUGCCUUAAAAGGAUAUCGUAUAAAUCCAACCAGUUAAAUUUAUUUGUUACACACAAUAACAUCUCGCACAAAUAAACUAUCUAUUUUAACUGGAAAACAAAAUGCAAUAAGGUAAUUUUACCUUAAUAGGAGUUGAUAUCCUACCAGUUAAAUAUUUAGCUUAUCAUGUUCGAAAUACUAGAUAAACCAUACACUCAGAAGAAGAGUUCUUGAUAUUCUAUUCACUACAACAAAUAACAAUGUAAAAUCUAUAUAACAAAAAGAACACACUGG